CAGAACUGUGUCACAAGCAUUGCUGGAGGUGUUUCUGGAGAUGGCUUUGUAUACAGAUGGAAAAUUCACUGGGAGUGGAGCAUAAUGUGGGAUGGCGGCAUGUGACGCAGGGCGUGCCUCGUAGGCUCUGUCCUUGUGCUGUGGGGUGACCUGCCAGGAGCUGAUGGUUGCCACCAGGGUGUCGAUGAUCUCCACACCGAUGUGUGCCAGGAGCUGGACGUCGAUGUCCAUGCAGUACAGGCCUUCAAGGUCAUCAUGGUGCAAGAAAAUGACACCCACAUCCAUGAGUUCAUCCUCUUGGGAUUCCCGACCACUACAGAGCUACAGGCUCUGCUGUUUGUGAUUUUCCUUGCAGUGUAUUUGCUGACCAUCACCGAGAACAUCGUCAUCAUCGCUUUAAUUAUAACCAACCACCAGCUCCACAAGCCCAUGUACUUUUUCCUGGGCCAUCUCGCUUUCCUAGAGGCCUGCUACAUCUCAGUCACCGUUCCCAAGCUGUUGGUCACCUUCGUGGUGAGGAGUAAGAGCAUCUCCUUCACGAGCUGCAUGGCCCAGCUGUACUUUUUCAUCGCCCUGGUGUGCACGGAGUGCGUCCUCCUGGCCGUCAUGGCCUACGACCGCUACGCGGCCAUCUGCGCCCCGCUGCACUACCCACUCACCAUGAGCCCCCGGGCCUGCCUGCGCCUGGCCACGGGCUCCUGGCUGCUUGGCUUUCUGAUCUCCGUGCUCAAGGUCUCCUUCAUCUCCCAGCUCUCCUUCUGCGGCCCCGGCGUCAUCAACCACUUCUACUGCGACAUCAGCCCGCUGCUCAACCUCUCCUGCGCCAACCGGCGACUCGCUGAGGUGGUGGACUUCAUCUCGGCCUUGUUCACUUUGUUGAUCCCCCUCUCUGUCAUCAUAGUUUCUUACACCUGCAUAAUCAGAACCGUUUUGCUCAUUCCCAAGGCCCAGAGCAGGAAGAGAGCCUUCUCCACCUGCGCUUCUCACCUGGCUGUGGUCGUCAUUUUCUUCUCAGCCACGCUUUUCAUGUAUGCUCGGCCCAGGAGUGUAAACUCCAGGGAUCUCAACAAGCUGGUUUCCAUAAUUUAUACCAUAGUCACUCCAAUGCUAAAUCCAUUCAUUUACUGCCUGAGGAACCAGGAAGUAAAGGACACUUUACUGAAGGUCUUGUGUAGCAGGGCUGCUCCCUCCAGAGUUUCUGCAUCUGAUCACUAAUGUCAUGCUUGGAACACAAUCUUCCAACUGAAUGUAUCUGGAUCCUGUGAAAGUCUAAUAAGAUUUUUACUUUGACAGAAAUGUUUAUUAGAGUUCUCUUUUAACACCAGUGCUUAACAAUUCCUUCUCUCAAGUCAAUCUGCAUGUUCAGCUAAAAUCUAUGAAUCUGUGUGAAUGUAAAAGGUUUUUGUGACUGAACACAUCAGACAUCAUUCCUGAGGAGCAGAAAAGGCAAUAAACAUAAUUGCCUUCUCUUAAUGUAUUUUUUUUUGGUCUGCAUCAAAGAACAAAAUUGCAUUCUGACCUUGAUCCAAGUUAACGUGAAACUAGGAUUCAGGAACCUGACGCACCAAAUAAAUAAUUAUGUCAAACUUCUUCACAGGAAUGAGGAUGGGAACUUCAGUAAUUCAGAUAAUAAAGGUCAUUUUAGACAGCCCUGAUAAGAGACCAUGAACCACCCCUGAGAAGUUUCUUCUUUAUUAACUUCAAGUAUAACUUUGGGAGGUAGUUCAGAUUCAGAAAGUAAACCUUCAGAAAGUAAAACUUUUGGGGGAAAGGAUUAAUUUGCAUAGUUUAAUUUCCAUUUUAAAUGUUAAAUGAGCCUCCUGAUUUUUAGAUGUUAUUUUCCUGUGGUCCUUCAACAUUACAUGAGGUGAUGUAAGCACUAAGAGAAGAAUCAGUUGUCUAAACACAGGUGUUUCCUAAAGUAACAUUCAAAGGAGAGGGUCGGGAAGAACUUUAAGGUAAUUUAACACACAGAUCCAAAACCUUGCACCAGCAGGCCGGAUGGCAAAUGAUUCUUGACUCUGUUUGCUACCCAGGACUACAUCAACAUUACUGUGUCCAGUUUGGCACUUCCUACUACAAGAAGGACAAAAUGGACAGUCCAGCAGGGAGUCACCAAACGACAGAAGGGUGGGACCACACAGCAUACAGAGAGAGAUGGAGGGAAAUAGUUUCAUAAGGCUGGAAAAGAGAAUGUUGAGGAGGUGUUAAGCUGCAGUCUGCCAUGACCUGACGAAUGUUAUAGAGGAGAUAGAGGCAAUUUUUAAUGGUGCAUGCCUGAAAAGACAAAAGCAACGAAUGAAAUUCUGAUAAGAUAGUCCAAAAAAGAAAAAGAUCAAACAAAAUCCAUCAGAGUGAUGAAGCACCACAACACAGUCCCGGAAAGGUAAU